AUGCUUGCCACUCCAGUUCCCACCCUCUGUGUAGACAGCAACGCUGCUGCUGCCGCUAGCCAUGCCCAGGCCCAUCGCUUCGAGAGUCUCGUCUUGGACCUGAAAGCCGCUCUGGGACCGUCGUCAGGUCUAACUUCGGACGAUAUCGAUGUCGGGUUCCUGACCCGGCUGAUGAGGGACUAUGACAGUUCCGACAACCAGUGGUCGAGGUAUGCGUUUGGCGACCGCAGUCGAGGAUACACGAGGAACCUUGUCGACGAAGGCAACGGCAAGAGCAACUUGCUGGUUCUUGUAUGGACACCAGGCAAGGGAAGCCCCAUCCACGACCACGGCAAUGCCCACUGCCUCAUGAAGAUCCUGCGAGGAACCCUGACCGAGACUCGAUACGAGUUCCCCAACGGCGACGACAAGGGCCCUAUGAAGCCCAUCUCCAAGAAGAACUAUCAGGAGAACCAGGUAGCCUACAUGGCCGACGAGCUUGGCCUGCACCGCGUGUCCAACGAGGGCAGCGACUUUGCCGUGUCGCUGCACUUGUAUACCCCUCCCAACGUUGCCAAGAAGGGAUGCAACAUCUUCGAGGAAGGCACAGGUCGUAGCAGCCAUGUGCCCACCUGCCACUACUACUCUGUGUAUGGCCGCCUAGUUAAGGAGCAGGAGCAGCAGCAGCAGCAGCAGCCGCAGUGA